GAGGAUACUUCCCAGGGCUUGAUGGAAAGCACCAAGCACCCUCUGCUAUACUCACUACAAUCAGGCUCAGCAGCAGCCUCUGACCUUGCAAAUACCUGGCAGGAGGGUGCUGUGCCCUCCCAGGCAGAGGGAGCUGCCUCCCCCUGCCCAGAGAGAGCUCUGAUAACGCUGCAGGGCACUGCAGGAUUCCACCCAGGUGUCCUUCCACAACAGAAGCCACUGGCCUCUCCUGGUCCACACACAAGGCUUGGAGAAGACAGCACAACCUGUGCAAGGUAACCCGUACCCCUCCUCCUGGUGUGACCAAGCUCCAUCUGCACACCUGGGUCUGCUUUACUUCACAGGGAGGAGGACUUUGCUGCCCAUGCACAGGUCUCUGGGACAGAUGGAGGCUGUGGGUCACUUGCUACACAGGAUCUGGCUGUUUUUCUUACUGUUCUGGCUGGGACAAGGGAGGCGGAUGGCUCCCCCAGGUUUUGUAGAGAGCAGUUGCCGCUCCAGAAUUUUUUGGAUGAAACUGAAUAAACUCUUGCUCCAGGGAAAAUUCUUCCAGCUGGAAAUCUAUGAUCCUUACUCCGGCCCAGUUCUGCUGGAUGAGAAAUUAGCAUCUCGCUGUGGCUAUGUCCUGUCAGAAGACGUGUGGGGCAACCCCGUGUUCCGCGCGUCGGUGCUCGGCUGUCACGUGGCCAGCGAGGCAGAUGAGCUGUUUUCACUGACGGUGAACAUCAAGGUCUCCUCAUUUUCAAGCAUGAGGGCAGCUGUCACCUACACCUACCCUAUGUACUGCUCCUAUGCAUCCUGGGCUUCCAGAGAAAUUGUGUGCGAAGAAAACUACAUGGAGGUGUCAGUGAAGACUGAUGUCCCAGCAGUUUCAAAUGACUACACCGUAGCAUGGAUGUCAGCACUGCCAGAGACUCAAAAUGUUGCAUACCAACAAUGGCAACUGAUGUUUGUUUCUCCAUCAGGGAGAAAGAGAAUAACAGUAAGUGAUGCAGUAAAACUGGGCUACAGCUUCAAUAACACCCUGUCCCGAGUGUACCUGCGAGCGCCCUACCACAGCAACGAGUCUGACGUCAGUGUGGUCAGUGGUGUAAAUAUGAACAUGAUCACUUCCACUUCCAUGUACAGGCAGCGGUGGCUGCUUUUGCUGAUUGACACGACAGUAUCCUGCCCUGUUGAUGGCAUCACCUUCACUGAUACCACGCUAACAUGGACUGUGCCAAGAGUUAUCCCCACACUAGUGGUCCAGGAGUCCACCUUUCUGUCUAAAAGCAUUGCAAUGGGAGUGGAUGAUCAAGUCAUAGUGAAUCCAGAGGAGAUGAACUACUUACUGGAGCACAACGAGACACACAUCAGAAUAACCAUCCCUAUUGGAGCAGAAGGAGGCAAGCUAGAGAGCUCCAUAUCUGGUGGUGUAUAUGGAGUAAUUUACUGCAUUGACCUCUUUCUGGAGCACACGUGGACGGAUGCAGGUUGGCAGACCACGAAGUACACAGUCAUCAAAUCCAUCACCACACCUUUCAUGCCACAAAUACCAACUGUUAUCGACAAUACUGUGCCAGAGGAAAGGCUAUUUAAUGUUGCAUUUGGACACUUUCUUCCCGAUGUCUCUCUGGUGGCAAUCACUGUAGGAAAUGUGCCAUUUUCCCUGAGGGAAGCACAGCACCGCAGCUUCAAGAUUUAUGAAACUCCCUUUUCUAAUGGAACAAAAGCAUUUAUCCUGGAAGUCUCUUUUGAUGAUCCAUAUGUCCUGAAAGAGUAUGUGAAUAGAAAUGAAACAAAGUACAUCCUCCUGGUCAACUACACCCUUAGCGUGGGUCUGGAGAGGACACUCUACUAUCAUGCAGCAGAGGUGGAGUGUGUGGUUGCUGAUAUUGAGGUGCCAGAAGCAGUUGGUUCCUGUGAUGAAGAAAACCUGUAUCUAACCCUGCCCACUUUUGGCUUGCACCAGUACUGGGACCUGUACCUUGGUAACAAGCUCCUGACCCAGCACGUUGCCCUCACCAAUGGGUACCUUGCAGCCACCAACUCCACACACCUGAUCUUGCAAAUCCCUCUGUUUGCUGGGGGACUCAUCUAUGAGGAAGUGUCCUUUCAGAAAAUUAAAGCAAGGUUUGAUGUUGCCUUAAGGAAAGUGAGAACUAUGGAGACCUUACAGAUGUUCUCCAUUAGCUGCAGUUUUAAUUCUUCAGCAUUUAUAAUAUGCCACCCAGAUGGUACCAUAAUGGUAUCUGCCCAAAUGAAGACAGUUCCUGCCAUUGACAUGAGCAAAACCAAGCUCAGGGACAGCUCCUGCAAGCCCAGAGAGUAUAAUGAAGCCCACGCCUUCUUCAAGUUCCAUGUCACCACCUGUGGCACUUCAGUAAGGUUUGAAGGUGACCACAUUAUUUAUGAGAAUGAAAUCUCUUAUGAGAAAGAGACUCUUCCAGAAGAGAGCACACCAAUAAUCACAAGAGAUCCAGACUACAGACUAACAGUCUUGUGCUACUACCAAGCAAAGGAGACCCUAGUGCUCGGUGCCUUCUCCAGUGACCCUGCCACAUCCCCUCCCUUUGGCUCUGGGAUGAUGUCUCCACGUUCAAAUACUGCAGCUUACAGAAGGGCAAGACAAGCUCUGAAUGUAGUUUCAAGAGUGUCCAAAGAUGAAUCUUUCAUGGAGUUCUACGGGCCCAGCAUGACAAUACUCAAACAACCCAGGGAGCCUGUGUUUCUUGAGGUGGAGCUGAAAGACGAGAGCCCCGAUGUCGAGUUAUACCUGGAAAACUGCUGGGUAGCCAGAUCUCCAGACUCCAGUAACACCCCAAGAUGGAACAUCACUGUGGAUGGGCAAGUAGUAUAAAAUGUCCCAUGACUCAUCAGCAAAGCCCCAAUUUCUACUUAGAUCUGUUGAUCUUUCCUCUCAAAUAGGUGUGAGAUUAAUGGCAGUGAGUUUGCUGCAGAGUUCUGCCCGGUACCUGUUAGCCCCAGGGUGAGACACCCUUCUCACUUUAAAAGGCUGGCAGUAAGGACCCUGGCACAGCAACUGGAACAGGUGUAUGUGCACUGUUUGGUGGCAGCGUGCUCUCCUACCAACACUCAGCCUGGCAGCACCUGCAGAGGACACUGCAGCUCAAGCAGGGAGAGGAAGGGUUUUCCAGGUCACCCUUCUGACAGUCUCCAGGGCUAUGUACUUGCUGGACCAGUAUGGAUUGUUGCUCCAGAUCUAAGAUGACACACUGAAUUUGCACCUGAAGGCUCUGCUGUGCUGGCUGCUUUCCAAAUGAUGCCACUGGACACAGGAGCCACUUCUUGCAGAAACCACCAGAACUAUUUGCAUGAAGUUUAAAGACCAGAUGGUGAGACAGCACUGGAAAGUUCUUGAGUCUGCUAACAGGGUCAGUAAAUCUUGCAACCUGUUGCCUCUCUGAGGUGGCUACAGAAGAAAUCUUACCAGAAAAUGACCCAAGGCUGCAAAAAUAACACUUUGUGUUUCUUCCAUCUACUCACAUAUGGACUUGCAGAUCACUAAAAUUAUUCCAGCCCUGAUUAUGGCUGCUUCUUGUAAUACUUCACAAAGUGACUGCCAAUCCUCCCAUCUGAAUGUAAAGUGCAAAUCUGAAAAGUCAAAUAAAAACACAC